CAUGAGGAGCUGGUUGACAAGAAGGAAGCGAUGGUGACAGACGGACAGACGAAGGAAAAGCAGUCUUCAUCAUCUACGGCAGACUGCUUGAUGAUAUGAAUACACACAGUUCAGGUUGUGUCCUGAUACCACGUCAGAGAAAACCAAACGGGGCUGGCAGCCCUCAGGAAUGAUGCCUCUCCUCUGGGUCGUUCUCUGGUCGACGCUCCCUCCUCUGGCUCUUUCCUCUGGUCCGGAUCGUUGUAUCGUCCCUGAGAGCAACGGCACACAGAACGGGUCUCUGUUGCUGCAGUCUUUAGAGUGCCACAACAACUACCAUUCCCACGUCCACUGCAAAUGGAGGCAACACGGAAACACACCACUGCAGCUUUGGUUCACGGAUGAAGACGGCAGUGAGUUGUGCGUGCCGUACAGUCCACCAGUCCAGGAUGAGCACAGGACAGUCCAGUGUAAAUAUAACACCGGUGUGUUUGGCAUUGCCAUCAAACACACCGUCUUCUUCCUCAAGAACGAGACGCUGACCGCCUGCUCAUCCGUCCCACACCAGCCCUGGCUUCUCUCUCAGCAGCUGAGAGCGCGCCCACCGCUGGGUCUGUCCACACAUGAUGCAGGUGAUGGAGGCCGACGGCUCAGUUGGUCCAGCCCCUACCCCUCCUCCUCCGCCCUGAACAGACACCUCAUGUACCAGCUGAGCUACAGAGCAGAGAGACAUGACAACUGGAGUACCCUGGGUGUCACAAACACCAGUGUGAAACUAGAGAAGCAAUCGUUGCGUCUGGGUCACAGGUACGAGGCCAGGGUGAGGGCCCGGGCCAGCGUGGGCCAGUGGAGCGACUGGAGUCCUGUGGUGACCUGGACGACCCAAGAUGACACUGGGCAGAUUCCCAGUUUGCAUUGUGUGCUGGAAGGAGAGAAGGAGGUGAUGUGCAGUUGGGAGGUGAGCAGAGAGCUGGCUCACUUCAUUGCCUACCAGCUGGCCUGUCGACAGAACCGGACUGCACCGUCUGAGAGAUGCUGCGAGAAGCCCAACAUCAGUUCUGAGACCAACGGGACGGUGCUGACGUACAGCUGCUCGCUGAUGGUCGCACAUCCUGCACAUUUGCUGCUGGAGCUUCUACCAACACGCAAUACCAAGAGCUUUUGGACCUACAAACACAUCCGUCCCGACCCGCCGCAGCUGCUGAGAGUGAGGGAGAAAGACUGUAACUCGAUCGCAGAAUGGACUAAACCGAGCAAACCUUCAACACUGAAACUUUAUUACCAGGUCUGCUGUUACAAGACACAGGAAGAGGGAUGUUCCAUCCUGCUGAACGUAUCCAAGGAUUCUGUGACCUUACCGAGAAUGUCUGUGGCCCCGUCCCAGCGCUACCAGGUCAGAGUCCGGUCGCUGGUCGUCCCUGGAGAAGGUUCCACGUACGAGGGGAUCCCGUCCGAGUGGACUGACCCUGUGGACUGGAACACGCCUGCAGCCACCUGGUCCCUCGCCACCUUGGUGUAUGUUCUCAGCAGUGUGUUUGUGGUCGCAGUCUUCUUCACACUCUACUGCACCAUUCCAGCUUGUCGAAGGAGGGUGAUCGUGUGGGUGGACUCGGUCCCGUCUCCAGGCAAGAGCAAAAUCCUGUCUGAGCUCAAGUCCGCCACCAGUCAGACCUUCACGCAGAGUGAGGACCUGUCCAUCAGCAAAGAGCACAACUACGACACCAUAUCUACAUGCUCGCUGUGGCCCGCCACCGACACUGAUAAAAAGAGUGUGGAGACGAACGAGAGCUUCUGGAGCAGUGGCAACUUGCUCAUCCUUUCUGAGAAGGUUAACAGCUCUGAAACUUCUUCCUUGAGCUUCAGCGGGCCAUACAUCUUCUGUCAGGUGUCAGAGUCCAGCAACAAUUCAGUGGGCGUCAAGCGUGAAGAGAAUCAGAAAGAAGAACCAAACAUAUCUGAUGACUCUCCUUCCCCUGUGAACUUUGCCUUUUACGGAGAAGGUUACGUGUGUCUACCCAACCGCACCGUCUCCAGGUCCACACAGGAGCUCGUAUCUCACAGCGAUGCCAACACAAACACACGCAGGGACGACAGCGCCGAGAAACACGAACAGUGUCCAGAUACCACGCUGGACGUCGAGCCCGAUGUCAGAGAGGACACAAGCAAGGACGAACCUCCGCCUUACACCUCCGAAACUUUCAGCCCCUGGAUUCAAGGCGGCGCCAUACACGCCUCAGGCUACUUCCACCUCCCACCUCCCACCUAACGAGAGCAGCAGAGGGAUGUGCAACAUGCAAGGGAAGCGCGCCUCAAGCAGGACUUCUCAGGCUUUUGCAGCAGAUCAAACAGCUAAUCAAGCAAUGAUUUCUUGUGUCUUUAUAAACUUUACAUUUUAUUUCAAGUACUUUUACUCCCAUGUGAUGAAAAAAUGAAUCACAUGCAUCAAUUAUUGGGUUGUUGCACAAUUUAUUGAGAAAAACCUUUUUGCUUGUGUUAUUCUUAUCUGACCUGAGAUCAUGUUGGGUGUCCGACCGAUGGAGGGCAGUAGUGAGCUGGGCCUGUGAGUGACUGUGACUGCAGUAUGGCACAAACAGUAAACCUUUCUUAACUCAGCUGCACAAACUAAAUCAGGAUAAAUGUAAUCGAUUACAACAGUCCUGCAGUUAAGCGGACGUUUGUGAAACUCAAAGUGUGUGUCUUUUUUUUAUUGAGAACUGUCUGAGAUAUUCAGUUAAGUGAACUAUGAUCAUUUAACUGACUCUCCACGCUUUCUCACACAUGUAGGUGUUUCAUGCAGAUUCUAACCACAGGGUGUUGAGAACACUGUCGACAUGUUGGUUUGUUUAAUUUUUUUUUUUAUUAUUACUUCCUCAAAUUUGGUGUCCCUGUCACCGCUCAGAUAAGAAGCUGAAUUAUGUCAACUGCAUUUCAUAAGAAAAAUGCGUACGUUUGCUGACCGCCCUGUCCACUGCAUUCUUGUACAAUAUGCAUGUUUGCACAAAUGGUUGUGAGUUGGGAUCUUGUUGUCGAUGUGUCGCUGAAUGUAUGCGGCAUACUGUAUGUUAUCUACAUUGUGAUGUGCUAAUACUGCUGCUGUUGAGCACUGAGGCCUGCAGAUAUAUUUGAAAUGAAGGGAAGAGGUAGUGAAAAUAUAAAUGUUAAAGCUAUAUUUAAGAUAGACGUGCCUCCAGUUAUAUUACUUAUAGGCCUAAUUG